GAAAGAUAAGAUAAGGAGAAUUCUCUUCAACGCGAAGAACCGGGAGGAGACGGGUAGAGAAACCCAUGAACGUUAGCUGAGCUUCAACCUGAGACAAAGAUUGCUAAGAAAAACGGACAGAAAAAAAAGAAGAAGACAAUAGAGGGAGAGAGAGGAGGCAGAGGCACCCAGAACAGAGAAGAAGGCAAAUGGAAAAGCAGGUAAAGGGGAAAUAGGGAGGGAGUUUCUCGCAACAAAAAGAGGGAGAAAAAGGGAAAGAUAUAUAUAUUUCUAGAAAGCUCUGCAUGUAUUGGGGCUGGAAAAGCAAGAAGAAGAUAAAAGAUUGAAGGGAAAGAUGGUGGAGCUGCCGAAGAAGAAUGUAUUGGAAGAAGUGGCAAUUAUAGGGGGUUUGAUUGGGGUGCAAGUUGUGUAUGCAGGAAAUUCUGUUUUGCUUAGUUUUCUUAUGUCUAUGGGCCUCAAGCCUCUCACCAUUGUUAUUUUCUCUUCCUUUGCCACCUUCCUCAUCCUCUGUCCCAUUUCUGUUUUCUUUGAAAGGAGUAGAUGGCCAAAGAAAUUCAGCUUGAAGUUGGUUACUCAGCUGGUUUUGAUCUCCUUUGGAGGGGUGACUUUAUUCCAGACCCUAUUCCUGAAGGGAAUCCAGCUAACUUCACCAGCGAUGGCAACGGCAAUGCCAAAUCUUGCUCCAGGGUUUAUCUUCGUCAUUGCGUGGACUGUUAGAUUAGAGAAAGUGAAAUUGAGUUGCCUGUACAGCAAAGUGAAGAUUGUAGGGACAUUGCUGUGCGUUGUAGGUGCUCUGACGAUGAGCAUAAUGCACAGCACUGCUGACGAAGCGAAACAGGCUCAGCUAUCAUCUCCCUCCCCGUCUAUUGUCUUCGACACACAGAAAAUCAUCGGCUGCCUCUAUCUCGUUGCUGCUGUUUUCAUUUUGUCCGCCAAUGUUGUCUUGCAGGCUGCAACAUUGAAGGAUUUUCCUGCUCCAAUGUCUUUGUGUGCAAUAACAUCAUUGAUCGGAGUGGUUAUAACAGCAGCUGUCGCAUUAAUCCAAGACCAUAAAAUUGAAACCAGUUGGCCACUUGUCAGUGUUGGACAGAUGGUCGGCUAUUCUCUUUUGGGAGGUGCCGUGAGUGGAGUAUGUAUAAGCUUCAAUGGAUGGGCGAUGAAAAAAAGAGGGCCCGUGUUGGUGUCCACUUUUGGGCCCAUUAGUACAGUUUGCUCAGUCAUUCUCUCCGUGGCCACCUUAGGGGACUCCAUCGAUAUUGGAAGCCUUGCUGGUAUGUUCCUCAUGUUCACUGGCCUUUACUUCGUGCUAUGGGCUAAAGGAAAAGAAGGCCACUACCAGGGGGAUGACUUCGAGACUGAGUUCAAUGCAGAGAAAAAGCCUCUCUUAAGUUAAUAUUUCAUAAUUAGCAAAUGUGUACUUUUCUUUAGUUGUAAAAUAUAGAAAGAAAUGGAAAGUUGCAGGAAAGAAAGACCAGUGAUAUGCUAAUGACUCGUUCCAAUGCGCGCAGAUGUUAAAGUACUAAUUAAAUGAUAUAAAAUUCGCUCUUUCCUAUCA